CAUAAAUAAACAUGCUAACAUAACAGCACGUACCAAACAGAUACACAAACAAAAACAAAAUGGCCAAGUGUUUUAGCUUCACGGCGUCAAGAGAUUCUUGUUACCGUUACUCCUUUAACAGAGCCGGUCUGAAAUCAUGCACCACCGAUCUCAACGACGGCACAAUAAUCCACUGCUGGACUCCAAAAUCCCACAGCCAAACAAAGCCUAAUUUACUCUUAAUCCACGGCUUUGGCGCCAACGCAAUGUGGCAGUUUAACGACGUUAUCCCGCCGUUAAAAUCCAAAUUCAACGUCUACGUACCCGACCUGCUCUUCUUCGGGGAUUCCUACACGACCCGACCCGAACGGACCGAGGAGUUUCAGGCGCAGUGCGUGAUGGCGGUUAUGGAGAGGUUUAAGGUUGAGAAAAUGGAUGUUUUGGGGCUGAGCUAUGGAGGUUUUGUGGCGUAUAGUAUGGCGGCGCAGUUUAAGGAGCGAGUGGGGCGCGUGGUGCUAGGGUGUGCUGGGGUGUGUUUGGAGGAGAAGGAUGUGGAGGAUGGGAUGUUUAAAGUGAAUAGUGUGGAGGAAGCUGCUGAUCUUUUGCUGCCGCGAAAUCCGGAGAAAGUUAGAGAGCUGUUGAAGUUAUCGUUUUAUAAGCCGCCGCCGUCUGCUCCGUCGUGUUUUUUAAGUGAUUUUAUUGAGGUGAUGUGCACAGAAUAUCGUGAAGAAAAGAAAGAACUGAUAGAGGCGUUACACAAGGAUAGAAAGCUUUCUAAUCUUCCUAAGAUAACCCAGCCUACACUUAUAGUUUGGGGAGAAUACGACCAGAUUUUCCCUUUGGAAUUAGCACAUAGAUUAAAAAGGCAUAUUGGUGAAAAUGCAAAACUAGAGAUAAUAAAGAACGUCGGCCACGCGCUCAAUGCAGAGAGACCCAAGGAAUGGUUCACGCACGUAAAGUCUUUCCUCCUUGAUACUCCUCCUACACAAGGAAACCACACAAAUGGUCACAAAACAGAUUAAAAAUGUCCUUCUACGAUGCAUACUGUGUUUUUUGGAAUCAUCAUUAUCUUAUUCGAGCCUAGAUUUUCCUUUCAUGAGUAAGAUUCGAAAAAUGCUUGAGUUAAAUUCAAGGGAUAUAAACUAUUCAUUCCCCAUUUAUUUUUCGAUCUUCAAUCGCGAGCUAAAACCUUGAUUUGAAGUUUUACAUUGAGCCAUUUUUGUAUUGCUGCUAGUUUAUUUCUGUUAUCAGCUCAUGAUGAAGGGUCCUGUUGUUGUACUAUUUGUUUUUGUACAUUAGGUAUGUUAAUAAUUAUUAUUGGGAGCCUAAUUUUUACUUAAAAGAGUUGUAAAUUUUUGUA